AUCGCUAAUACAAGCGCGCAAAGCAUUCUGGAAGCUAGUCAUCCAUUUUGUUUGCUCAAAGGAGCAUUUGGUGGUAAUUAUCCCCAUGCUGCGUUCAAAAUGAAACCGUCCUUCGCUCUUACGUUUUGUGUUCUAGCGGUUCUAAUACCUGCAGGGUGUGGCCUGCAGUGCUAUAGAUGUUACUCCACACGCUCAUGGUAUGACUGCGAAAAGUACAUGAAAGUCGUUGAUUGCCCGCCAUCAGCCAACACAUGCGUGAAAAUGAAACAGAUCACAGACUUUGGAGGUAGUAAAAUAGUUCAGCAUGAUCGCAAGUGCUAUGUCAAGAGUGCAUGUGGUGAUUUCUGCGAGCGAAUGAAGAACAAGACUUCUCAGUGGGACUGUACUUUGAGCUGCUGUGACACAGAUGCGUGCAACAAGAGUUUGACUUUGCUACCAGGAAUAGCUAUGAUGGUUACAGUGAUAUGUGCAGUACUGCUCAUCUAGAGACACCCAUUACUCCUAUUAGGGCUACACCAAGAGUCAGAAUGUCUUUCUUUGGAAAGAGAUAAAAACACUUAGACUGACACAAAAUUAUACUCAGAUAAGUUUUUCAUGGAUGAUUUUUCUUUGGAAAGAGAUAAAAACACUUACACUGACACAAAAUUAUACUCAGAUAAGUUUUUCAUGGAUGAUUUUGUAUAAUAAUUGCUUCUUUUUGGAAAUCACAAAGUUGUAUAUGUUGUUUGGUGCUUUCUUUCUUGGCAUAUUGAUCAUUUUUUGUAUAAACAAUAAGCAAUAUUUGGGCACAUUUUCAUUUUGAGAUUUUUGAAGGUAGCACUAGUAAUUUCAUGAUUUCCAAAUGGCAUAGAGUAGUAGUAGGGUUGUAUGUGGAGGUACUGUAUUUUCAUAUAUACACAGAUAGUUAGUAGUGUUACUUGGUUGAAUGUUAAAUGUUAAUGUUACUUGGUACAUGGUUGAAUAUUAAACUACACAAAAAUGGU